AUACGCACAGACUACUAAACAGCCGCGCUGGGCUGGGCUGAGCGUUCGGGGGUGCAGGUUCCGUCGGGGGGGCGGGGAAGAUCCGCUCAAACACGCCGAAAGACGCAGCUUGUCUGUGGCGUUUUGAGCCGGGAUGCCCGCUGCAGCAUCAGAGAGACUUCAUGGCAGAUGAGAGGAGGACAAUAAACUGACACGAGACAUCGCAGAUGCGGAGAAGCGGGCCGUGAACCGAUGCGCCCGGCUGCCCCUGAUGCAGCUCGGCGCCGCCUCGGGGCUUUCCGCCGGUUGGGAGAGGCUGGAGCGGCCGCUGGAAGCUGGUCGGCCGCGCGCCGCCAUGCUGCGCCAGGUGCUGCACGCCGGCCUGAGCGGCGGCUUCCGCGCGCUCGGCCGCUUCGUGGCGAGCCAGCCGGUGUUCUUCGCCUCCACGCCGGUGCUGCUCGCCGUGCUGCUGGGCGCCAGCUUCAGCCGCUACCACGUGGAGGAGGACGUGCAGAGCCUGCUGGCGCCCAAGCACAGCCUGGCUAAGAUCGAAGGCAACCUGGUGGACAGCCUCUUCCCCAUCAACCACUCCAAGCACGCCCUCUAUUCGGACCUGCAGACGCCCGGCCGCUACGGCCGCGUCAUCGUCACCGCCCGGCGGGGCAGCGUGCUGGAGCCGCCCAAUCUGGACGCCGUACUCAAGCUGCACAGACUCAUCUACCACAUGCAGGUGACAGUGCCCCCGAACGGCCCCACCAGCUUCAACUACUCCUUCUCGCACCUGUGUCUCCCCGACGACAAGAACGUGUGCAUCGUGGACGACAUUAUCCGCGCCAUGGAGGAGAUCCGGUCGGCCCAGGUCGCCAACCGCUCGGCGCCGGUGCUGCGCUACCCCAUCACGCGGCUGGCCGACGGACGACAGGCCUACAUCGGCCACCAGCUGGGCGGUGUCCAAAUCUGGGCCCCCAACGGCGCGGCCCGAGGGCCCCGGGGCGAGGGCGUGCGGUCGGCUCGGGCGCUCCAGCUCACCUACUACCUGCAGGUGCGCGGCGGGCUCAUGGAGGGCGUGGCCAGCCAAUGGGAAAAGGCCUUCUGCGGCCACCUGCGGGAGUUUGCGGCGCUCCACCCCCAGCUGGGCCUCUACCCGGCCACGUCGUCGUCCCUCAGGACCGACUUCCAGUUCUCCUCCGUGCUGGCGCGGCGCCCCCUGUUGGCUAGCUUGGGGUUGUGCGGAGUUCUGGCCGUCCUGUGCUGCUCCAUGCGGGACUGCGUCCGCUCCAAGCCGUGGUUGGGCAUGCUGGCCUUGCUGUCCGUCACGCUGGCCGGACUGACGGCCGCCGGAAUCCUCAACCUGAGCGGCUCCACUUACAACUCCACCUACCUGGGCAUUCCUUUCGUCAUGCUGGGUCACGGCCUCUUCGGCUCCUUCGAGAUGCUGUCGUCGUGGCGACGCACCCGCGAGGACCAGCACGUGAAAGAGCGCGUGGCGAGCGUCUUCGAGGACGUCAUGCUUCGCUUCUCGGCUUCCACCGCGCUCCACCUGAUGACUUUAGGCUUGGCCGCCUCGCCGCUCACCAACAUGGAGGCGGUGCGCCUCUUUUGCCGCACCGCCGCGCUAGCUGUGAGCGUCAGCUACGCCUACAUGCUCUCCUUCUACAGCUCCUGCCUGGUCCUCACCGGUUACCUGGAAACCGGCUACAGACACGGCUGCUUUUGCCGACGAGUGCCCAAACAGGAUCGGCUGAACUCUAAGCCGGCCUGGUACAGAUGCCUGAUGUACACCCGUUAUCAGGACGAGGCGCAGACCGCCACCGGGACGCCACAUGGCCUCGGACACCCGCCCCACCCGCCCAGCAUGGAGCACACGCGCACUUACAUUCACCCUCGGGCGGCCGACAACCACCUGAUGAACACUCCCGUCCACCCUAACGCCUCGGACCCUUGUCCCCAGGACUCGCACCUUUUGCUAGGCUGUGUGAGGCGUUGCUACGGAGACUGGAUCACCAAUACUUAUGUCAAGCCCUUUGUUGUGCUGCUCUACCUGGUCUACAUCUCCUUUGGGCUCAUGGGAUUCCUGCAGGUAGCCCAGGGCUCGGAGCCCAGCUCGCUGGUCGCCAUGGACACGGCCACGGCUUCGUACACCCGCGCCCAGCAGCGUUACUUCAGCUCCUACUCGCCCGUUAUUGGCUUUUACAUUUACGAGAGCGCCCCCUACUGGAACACCACGGUGCAACGCGACCUGCUGGAGUACGCCAAAGGCUUCCAGCGCAUCAGUUGGCUGGAGGCCUACCUGGCCUACCUGUCCGAGCGCAACCAGUCCACCGGCUCGGCCCGGGAGAAUUUCACCCACACCCUCCGCCACGGAUUCCUGCGGGAACCUCGGUUUGCCCACUUUGCCGACGACAUCAUCUUCGCCGAGCGGGGUCCCGGCGAGGAGCCCGACGUGGCGGCGUCCCGCAUCUUCCUGGUGGCCAAGACCACGGAGAACAAACGCGAGGAGAUGUCGGUGCUGCUGGACACGCUCCGCCGCCUGUCGCUCACCUCCCGCGUGCGCUUCCUCAUCUUCAACCCGUCCUUCGUUUACCUGGAUCGCUACGCCGCCGCCGUCAGCUCGCCCUUGCGCCACUCCCUCCUGGCCGUCCUCUUCCUGUUGGGUCUGUCCUCCCUGGCCGUGGUGGAGCCCCUCGUGUCCGUGUGGCUGGGGCUCACCAUGCUCUCGGUGCAGUUCGGCGUCCUGGGCUUCAUGACCCUGUGGGGCGUGGAGCUGGACUGCGUGUCCGUGCUCUGUCUGAUCCUGGCGUUGGGACACGCCGCCGACUGCAGCGGGCCGCUCCUGUGCGGCUUCGCGGCCGGCCGGGGCGACAGCAGGACCCGCUGGGUGAGGGUGGCUCUGGAGAGGCACGGCGUACCCUCGCUGCAGGCUUUCCUCUGUUACGGCGCCGCCUUGGCGCCGGUGGGCUCGGUGCGCUCCAACCUGACGCGCACGCUCUUCCGCUGCCUGGCGCUGACGGCCGGAUGCUCCGCCCUCCACACGCUGGCCUUCCUGCCCACCCUGCUCACCUUCCUGCCUCCCUCCAAAAGCCGAGCCCACCGCCCCCAAGCCGGCGACGGGCCCCGGCAGGAAGUGGAGUGCGUGGAGAUGAAUGACAGCACUCGGGUGGUCGACCAAAUCACUACGGUUUGACCACGGCGGUAUGGCAACGCGUUUUCGAGACUUUGACGCCAGGGGUGGCCACGUCCCCCCCCCCCCCCCCCCCCCCCCCAAGAGUCCCCAUCCAGCUUGUUUUCGAUGCCUCCCUCCUCCAGCUCACCUGAUUCAAGUGAUAAGCUCAUCAUUAUCACGGAUCAUUAUCGAGCUUUGCAGAAGCCCGAUAACGAUCCGAAUCAUUUUAAUCAAAGGGGUGUUGGAGGAGGACGACAUCCGAAACGGGCUGCAUGGGGUUGCCAUGGAGCUCGCCGUAUGGGAAUGGGAUCGCUGACUGCGAGACGAAGCUCGUGAAG